AUGCCUCCCAAAGUAUGGCUGCUUACAGGAACGUCGUCCGGCCUUGGCCUUGGGCGAUGCAUGACGGAGCACGUCCUCAAGAGAGGGGACAUUGCCGUCGCCACACUCAGGAGACGUCAACAAGCCUAUCGGAGGGAGGCUGCUUCAGAUAUCCUCGACGGGGGGUAUACAAGCCCUCCCACGCUUGGAGUCUUCCAUGCUAGCAAGUUUGCUCUCGAAGGGCUCAGCGAGUCACUCGCUGCGGAAGUUGACCCUGAGUGGGACAUCAAAGUCAGCGUCUCUUUUUCUCCAUCUUGUCGUACUCCCAUGCAUUUUGAUGCACAGAUUACCGUCAUCGAAGUGGGUGGUUUCGGCACGGAUGCUGUUGGCCGGAUAGUUAUCAUGCCACACCACCCUGCGUACAUGAAACCUUCCUCGAUCGUUGCGGCGACUCGCAGCUAUAUUGACAAUUUCGGCGAAGAACAAAUGCGCCAGCUCGGAAACCCUAUCAAAGCGGCUGCCAUAAUGUUUAGGCUGGCCGCCUAUCCAGAUCCACCGCUGCACUUUCCACUCGGAAAGGAUAGUGUCGCAACAACCAGGCGCAAGAUUGCAUUGCUCGCGGAAGAGACUGACAAAUUCGAGUCUUGGUCCAAAGGAAUCUAA